AUGAAGAAAAGAAAGUUGGAUAAGAAAAAUCCAGCAGAUGAUAAGGGUGAACAGAUUGAGAAAAAUAAGAGGGAGCAAGUCCUGACCACAGCGUUCAGAUUCAUUCGGUGCCUACCGAGUUUAAAUGAAAGGCAGCGGUUUCAGAAUCUAUUGCCAGCUACGCUAAGGAUGCUGACUGAUGCAAUGAGCAACAGUGAAAAUGUUUUAGCCCAGGACGUGCUGUCAUUUUUUACUAAAUUGGCGAAGAAUGAGCCUAGGUUCUUAAGGACACAAUUAGCAGAUGUGGUGAAUACUAUGUUUGAGAUAGCAGAGGCUAAGAGUUUGAAAGAACCGACAAGGCACAUGGCAGUUAGCUUUGUGUUAAAAUUGCUCGAAGGGAAGGAGAAGGCCCUUGGCAUGCUACAAAAAUUGCCAUGGUUUACUAACACUUUCCUUGAAAUUCUAUUUAAUUUGUUACUGGAUAUUAAGGAUGAACCUCAUUGGCAUACUGCGGAGACCAACAAUGAGAAUGCAGGGGUAACGAAAGGAUACUAUUUUGGUUGCAGUGGUUUGGAACAGUUGUCUAAAGCAUUAGGUGACAAAACUAUUGCUCCUGUUGCCAUAGAGCAGCUGAGUGCUUACUUGGUUGCUCCUGAGUGGGAGAAACGCCACGCAGCUCUCAUUGCACUUUUUUAUAUUGUUGAAGGAAGCUCAAAGGUGAUGAUCAACUACUUGGAGCAACUAGUGAAUAUGGUUCUGCAACCUUUCCAAGAUCCUCAUCCUCGAGUCAGAUGGGCUGCUAUUAGAUCAAUUGCCUGGUGGUCAAUUGAAUUCUUUCCAGAUUUGCAAGAAAAAUAUCAUAAUCAUGUAUUGCCUGCAUUAGCUUCAGCUAUGGAUGAUUUUCAAAAUCCUCGAGUUCAGGCACAUGCAUCAGUAGCUGUCAUGAAAUUCUGUAUAUCUAAAAAGCCUGAAACUUUGGUACCCUACUUAGAUGGGAUACUCAACAAACUGCUUGUACUUCUGCAGACUGACAAUCAAAUGGUUCAGGAAGCAGCAUUAGAUGCAUUGGGUUAUAUAGCUGAUUUUUCUAAAGAGCACUUCCAAAAGUACUAUGAUUUUGUAACGCCGCAUUUGAAAGCUCUGCUGGUAAAUGCAAAUGAUAAGUCUAAUCACAUUAUUCGAAGCAAAGCCAUGGAAUGCAUAAGCUUUGUUGGGAUUGCUGUUGGCAAAGAGAAAUUCAGAGAUGACUUGCAUCAGGCUAUGGAAGUGCUCAAGUCAUUACAAGAAUCACGGGUGAAAGAGCUUGAUACUAUUGUUUACAUUCUACAGGCAUGGUCCAGAAUUUGCCAGUGCGUGGGGAAGGAUUUUCUUCCUUACAUGAGUACGGUCAUGCCAUUUUUGGUUGAAUGUGCUCAACUUGAGCCCGAUAAGACCGUAUUCACUAAUGGACCAUAUAGCAGCUCAAAGUGGCAUAACAUGUUCUCUAACUUUGGCAAGAAAAUGAUCGACCUAUAUUGCUUUGAUAUCCGCCAGAAGAAAGUCAAGCUUUGGGAUGAAUUAAUAUGCAUCAAAGGAAGUGACCUCCUAUAUGCGAAAUUUGUGGCCUGUAGUAACCUUGCUUUGUAUGCUCUGAGCAUGAAAGAAGACUUCUACCCAUGGAUACCCCAGGCUGCUUCAAUUUUUGCUCCCCUUCUGAAAUUCUAUAUGCACAAUAACAUCAGGAAUAAUGCUGCUCGUGGAUUAUACGUCCUGUUGCGUUCAGCUACACUGGCGGUAGAGAAUGGGGCUGCUCAAGGUGGAGAGUCAUACUUCAAGCAGUUGUCUGGCAAUAUAAUAUUGGCUCUGGGAGACGCUUUAUAUUCGGAGCCUGAGACAAAAUUAUGUGCAUAUAUAUUGCGUUCAUUGGGUAACUGCCUACAG